AUGAGGGCUCAUGGAUUGGACGGGGCUCAGAUGAUCAUGCUUUUCCCCAUGUCUUUAGGUGGCGCUGCACAGCGCUGGUUUGCUUCUUUGGAUGUAUCACGUCGUCGGACUUGGGAUGAUCUGGCCCAAGAGUUCUUGAGACAGUAUGCAUUUAAUACUGUCAUUGACAUAUCGAGGAGGGAGCUCGAGGCUCUUAGGCAGAGAUCAGACGAGUCAGUUUCUUCAUUCAUCUCCCGCUGGCGUGGGAAGAUUGCCGAGAUAGUGGAUAGACCGUCAGAGAGAGAUCAGAUUCAGAUGGUUUUGAGGAGCCUGCAGCCGAGGAUUGCCAGGCAUGUGGUCGGGGUACCUUUUACAGAUUUUGGAUCUCUGGCUCUGGCUUUGUACGAUGUCGAGGAUGGCAUCUCGAGAGGUUUGUGGGCAGAUUCUUCCCCUAGUGAUGUAAAGGGGAAGAAACCCUUCGGAGGACAGAGAUCGACAGAUGUGAGUGCCAUCAGUUCCUCUAGUCAGAGGCCUCUCAGGCGUCAUCAGCCUAUUCCACAGCUUCUGGAGGCUCGUCCAUCUUACACGCCUCAGCAGUACAGGCCACGGGCACCUUACCCGACUUAUGAUCAGAUAUAUCAGCCUCAGCCUUUGGAUUUGCCUUAUUAUGCUACUCAGAGCAUCGAGAGGCCUCCUAUUUCUUACACGGCUACAGGACAACCAUGCUAUGCUGCCCAGUUCACUGCGAGACCCGCAGCUCCUUAUCCCCGACCCAGAGCUCAGCAGACUUCUGCUCUUCGGAAGCUCACAGAGGCCGGAGUAUUGGCCGCUCUCACUCCGAGACCACCGCCUCAGCCGAUUCCGCCUCAGUUCAGGAUGGAUCUACACUGUGCAUACCAUCAGGGGCCUGGACACGAGACCGAUCAAUGCACCGCUUUGAGGCAUGCCAUUCAGGAUUUGAUCGACCAGGGUUUGGUACACUUGGGUCAGCCGAGUGUGACCACGAACCCGUUGCCUGCUCACACCACACAUGCAGUCCCUCCACCAGCCGAUGGCAUUCAUUUCUUAGAGUUUGAUGAGAUCGAUGACCACAUUCACAUGCUGAGUGAUGAUGAUUCAGACCCAGAGCCCAUCAUGCCAGAUGUGAUUUAUGAGAUGAGUGGGGUGACUCUAGGUCCUCGGAUGCCUGCUCCAUUCCGAUUGGUUCCCGAGGUGGCAUCGGUGCAGGCCGCCACUGUUGAGCCAUUGAUUUUGCUGCAUUACAGUGUCCGGACGCCUUUCAUCUUGAUCCCGGAUGUUGAGGAGGUUCAGGCUCCACACGUUGAUGAUUCUCAGACUUUGGACAUUCAGUAUGUUCUCCGAGGAGGUAGAGUGAUGCGUCAGCCACCUCCCACGGCAGCUAGGCCAGUUGAGGGUACAUCUGCUCCCGAGGACGUCAGAGCAGAGGAUGACGAGAUUUUGAGGCAGUUGCAGAGCACUCAGGCUCGUAUUUCCAUCUGGAGCCUCUUAGCGUCCUCCAGUACUCAUCAGGAUGCACUGACUCGAGCUUUGAGUCAGAUCAGAGUUGAUACCACGACCACUCCCGAGGGAUUGAUCCACAUGAUGACGGCCGGCCGAGCCACAUGCAUCGUAUUCUCAGACGAUGAUUUGCCACCUGAGGGCUCAGAUCACACGCGUCCACUCUACAUAUCUGUCGGUUGUUCAGGUCGCCGAGUCCCAUCUGUCCUUCUAGACAAUGGGUCGGCCCUGAACGUGUGCCCUCUCGCCACUGCCAUUGCCCUCGGAUACGCUCCUUCUGACUUCGGUCCCUCCACUCAGACCGUUCGCGCGUAUGAUAGCACUCGGAGGGAGGUCAUGGGUACAUUGGAGAUCGAGCUACUGAUUGGUCCAGCCACUUUUGCCGCCGUGUUUCAGAAGGUGAAGUUUAUUCAUGAUGGUCGGGUCGUCGUGGUGCAGUCUGCGAGUGAUAGGUUCAUCUCUGCCGAGCCCGUACUCGAGAUUAGUCACGCUGAUGAUGAUCUUUUUCUGACCGGAUUUACCUUUGAUGAGGUACAGACUCUGGAGAUGGAGGAUUUCUGUCGAGAUUUUGUAGUCAUGUCCUUCGACCAGCACAGCAGCACGGUGGUGCUCGAUAUUAUGCGGAGUAUGUCUUAUCUUCCUGGUAUGGGCCUGGGCGGCGUCAGCACGGGCCUAGUGAGUUCAUGGCCUUCCCGGACCGCGACGUACCAUUCGGGCUCGGAUUCAUUCCCACUGAGGCUGACUAUCGUCAUAUGGCGCGACUGCGCAGGGAGAGGGUGA